UUUUUCAUGCAAACAUCGACAAGGACAAGGAUUUCGACGGCCCAGGCUAUUUAUUUUAUGCCAGGCGGGUCUUCUACCGAAUCAGAGGGUGGCAGAUUACAUCCUCAAAAAUUAUCUAAAGUUGAACAACAAAAAACAUUAAAAGCUAAAAAACAGCCAACUACUCCCACAGUUAAUUCUACAACGCUUAUUCAUGUCACACCACGGCGAUCUACUCCAAAACAACGUAUUCGAAGAGAACAUUCAGCUUCAAUUACAAUACCACCACGAAGUGCACUUUCGGCGACUGAUUUUUCUUUGCGAUAUACACCACCAGCUGUUAUUACUGAAGGUAUAAAAUUUUGGCUAAUGAGGGGUUUGUCAUCGACCGUUUUUGCUGGUUCCAAAUUUACUGAUUCGCCUUCAGCUAAAAGUCUUCCUCUUCCUCCAUCUCAAUGGCUUUCACCAUCUGCGUUUAACGAGAAUAAAAUGGCUGCAAAUAAUGUUAAGGAUGACAAUUUAACCAAAACGCCAACUAAAUUUUUCGUUCCAACCACUGAAGGAGAUCGAAAUGGAGGCAGUGGAGGUAUUCGAAUGCAUCCACUUCAUUUAAUUGCUGCGACAACGAUGAGCUCGUAGAAAAUCUGGUAAAAGUUUUACGAAGGCGAGUAAUAUUUGUGUUAAUUUUGCUUUAAAUGCAAUAUUGAAUGUUUGGGAAAUGUUUAUAUCCUUUUUUAACGCUAAACAUUCAAAUGGAGGGAUUUUUAAAUAUUUUCUUGUUAUUCACUAGUUGUUAUGGUUCCGUGGGUAUCAGUAUAGUAUUAAGAUUAAAUGUAAAACCAAAAUUGA